AGACCCUCCUGCAUGCGACCGCCGUUACAAACAACCUGCCAGUUGCGCGACUUGCAGUCUCGUUGGGCGUCCCAACGACGCUCGUGCGUAUUCUCGGAGCAAGAAUGGUCGAGCUGGGAAACGAACUGUGGGACGGACAGUGCUGUUCUACGCCAUCAGAAACGCAAACUAUUCCAUGAUUAGCAUCCUCCUAGAAUCCGGGGCGUUCGAUAUUAGAUCUGAGAUUGGCGAGACCUCGCUCAUGGUUGCGGUGAGACGGCGAGGAGAGGACAUCUUUUGGCUCUUGAUCGAGUUUGGCUGCUGCCCUGCCACUCCUCCCCUGCGAUGUCCACCUGAGUCCAUCGACCACCUGCUCGCUCAAAUGAUGUCCCCGCCGGCUCUGAUAAGGUACCCGGAAAUUUUCCUCUUUCAAUCGUUCGAUCCCAGGCUUUCUCAGCCGAGGACCGCGGGCUUAUGUGCAAGAUGCCUGGCAAGUUUUCCCGGCGCCAAACCGGCUGUUCAAGAGGCCUGGCGAGCCGAACGACCAUCUAGAAUAGGCAAAUGGAUACCCGUGGAAGAUGCCUUCAGCCACGGGUUUCUCAGGCGUUGCAGGAUUUGCAGAGAACCCAUUGUCGAGUUACCGCCCCCGUUUGACGCAAGCCAUGGAUCCGAAAAGAGGGCCAUCACCUAUUCUGCCCUCCGAGUACCCCAGCUAGCGGACUUCCUCCCGCUCCAGAACCUCCGUUCAAGCUUGCCGGGACUAGAAAACGCCGGCCCCCGUUGCGCACUCUGCUGCCGGCUUACUGGCUUCUCCGGUGCCUCUAGUGUCACCCGGAAUGCGCCAAAGACAUGGAGCGGCCGCUGCUCCCAACUUGGGUAAUAGACGGUGGUGUCGACAACGAAGGAAGCCCGGCCCAACUUGUGGAAAGCGGUGGCAACCAGAACGACACGCAUUGCACCCUGAACUAUCGAUGG